AUGGAUUAUGUCCUUCCAAUUCCUACUAUCGUAGCUUCCACUGCAAAUCCAAAUGACUAUUAUGGCUUUGUAUACAAUGAAUAUGACUAUGACUUUCUAACCGAGCAGCCCAAAACUCGAUUUUCUAUCCUUGGCGCUAUACUUGAUUUCAACAUUUUCACAGAAAUUGUUGCUAUUGUCUUGUGCCUUCUUCAUUUGAUGAUUUUAUUCCGAAAAUCAUUGAGGAAAAACGGUGUCUUUGUGUUUAUGAUUGCCAUUUGUAUUUCGGAUAUUUUGAACUUCUCACUAGCACUUCCAAACGAUUCAAUGUAUUAUAAAUAUUCCUGGUACCUCGUCCCAAUGCAUCUUGAACAAAGCACAUUUAAUAUCACUAGAAGGUUAUCCAUUUGGUUGGCAAUGGUGAUGGCCUUAUUGAGAUUUUUAUCAGUGGCUUUUCCUAUGAAUUAUCUGAUUCAGAAGCUGGUAAAGCCUAAAAAUACAGUGUUUAUAAUCUUUGUCGUGCUCGCUGUUAUUAUAACUUACGACGCUGCACUUCCGAGCUUGAGGAUCAGUAUUGCAUGGUUUCCGGAUGUGACAAGGUGUGUUGUGAAAAGUAGACACCUCCGAUAUGUGCUCAUAAUGUCGACAGAUGUUGAUAUUGACGCUUAUUCAAUAACCCCUAACCAAAACUUUGUUGAGAGGAUAUAUCGCGUUCUUCAAUUCACCCUUUACCCACUACUCACUAUUUCAUUACUUAUUCAACUGUGCAUUAUCAAGAAGAAAAGAAAGGCUAUGAGACAGAACGAGAAUCAAAUAUCGGAUAACACAACGCUAUUAAUUCUCACAAUGACUUUCACGUUCAUGUUCUCAGAGGGGUUGAUUUGGAUCUGGAUCUUUAUUGACGCUGAUGACCGUUUUUACUAUCAUUUUGAUUUAGAAUACCAAGUAGUGAGCGUGACUCAGGAGUACAAGGAAAUUUUAGUUGCUCUCUGCUUUACUUUUCGAAUCGUCAAUUCGAUAUCCCAUAUUCUCGUUUCCAUAAUGAUGUCUUCACAUUGUCGGGACACUGUAAAAUCAAUUGUUUUUUGGGGCAAAAUUGCUAAACUCUUCAAUCAUCGACUUUUGAAGCGAAAAGUUGAAUCAGAAACCGAUCCGAUAACAGUUGUGAAAGCAACGACAGAUAAUGUUAGCUGA